AUGGAGCAGGAGAUGGUAGAGCAAGUACACCUAACGGAGGAUGGCGGAGUGAUCAAAACGAUCCUGAGGAAAGGUGAAGAAGGAGAAGAAAAUAUCCCCCAGAAGGGAAACGAAGUGACGGUGCACUACGUUGGGAAGCUAGAAAGCAACGGGAAGGUUUUCGAUUCAUCUGUGGAGAGAAAUGUGCCAUUCAAGUUUCAUCUAGGACAAGGAGAAGUGAUAAAAGGAUGGGACAUUUGCGUAGCUUCCAUGAAAAAAAAUGAAAAAUGUUCAGUUCGUCUGGAUAGCAAGUACGCCUACGGAGAACAAGGCUGUGGAGAAAGUAUCCCCAGAAACAGUGUGUUAAUAUUUGAAAUAGAACUUAUCAGUUUUAGAGAAGCCAAAAAAAGUAUAUACGAUUAUACCAAUGAAGAGAAAGUCCAAGCAUCCUUCGAUUUAAAAGAACAAGGAAAUGAAUUUUUUAAAAAAAAUGAAAUUAACGAAGCCAUUUCCAAGUAUAAGGAAGCCCUAGAGUUUUUCAUUCAUUCAGAAGAUUGGGAUGGAGAUUUAUCUGAAAAAAAAAAAAAUAUUGAAAUUAUUUGUAAUUUAAAUUUGUCUACAUGUUAUAAUAAAAAUAAGGAUUUCCCCAAUGCCAUCGCCCACGCAUCCAAAGUUUUGAAGAUAGAGAAAAAUAAUGUUAAGGCGCUUUACAAACUGGGUGUAGCUAAUAUGCACUUUGGUUUUCUGGAGGUUGCGCGGGAAAAUUUAUACAAGGCUGCAACUUUAAACCCCAACAACGUGGAAAUACGCAACUCCUAUGACAUGUGCUUGAACAAAUUGAAGGAGGCCCGCAAGAGGGACAAACUCACCUUCGGAGGCAUGUUCGACAAGGGCAUUUUGUACGAGGAGAAAAAGAGUAGCGCCAAGUGA